AUGUCUCUUAAGCAUCCUUCAAAUGAUACUUAUUUCUAUGAUGAUUAUAAGGAUAAAGAUUAUGACUUUGAUGACUAUGAUGACUUUCCAAUUUCUAAGAAAAAUUUUAAAUUAUUAAUUGGAUCAUGUUAUAUAAGUUACAGCUUAAUGUUAAUUUUUCUACAAAUUUUAUUAUUUAUCAUAUUUUUAACAAAAAAAAAAUUUUUAGCUAAUAUGCCUUAUAAAAUAAUGUUUCAUCUUGGAAUAUAUUCACUUUUUCAACAAAUAUGUCAUUUUAUAUCAGGAAUUUAUUUAAUAUUCAAUAUUAAACUUCAAAUGUGGUGCGGUUUUGCAAUUGGUUCAAUGUAUGAAUCUUCAUACAUAACAUCAGUAGCAUUUGUUUUUAUUUUAACAAUUAACAGAUUUGAUAGUUUUUUACAAUCCAGGUUGUUUUUGUUGGAAGUUUGA